AUGUCGCUGCCAGCUGCCAUCUCCUCGGUCAAGGUCGUCGAAGCCGUCGGUAAACAUACCGGGACCGUCAUCUUUCUCCAUGGUCUGGGAGAUCAGGGGACUUCGUUCGUCCCGAUGGCACACAUGCUGGGUCGGCAGUUCCCCAACCUCAAGUUCAUCUUGCCUUCGGCCAAGAGCAUUCCCAUCACCAUGAACUCGGGAUACAAGAUGCCUGGAUGGUUUGACGUGCCGACCUUGGACAACCUCACCACCAACUCGAAGAGGAUCGACGAUGAACCUGGUCUCAUGAAAUCGGUCACUUCGCUCGAACAGCUCAUUGCUCAGGAAGUCAAGAACGCUCAGAUCCCGGAAGAGAGUAUCGUCAUCGGAGGGUUCUCUCAGGGGAGCGUCAUCUCUAUCUUGACGGGGAUCACUACGACGAAAAAGUUGGGAGGGGUCGUCGCCCUCAGUGGAUGGGUCCCGCUCAACCACAAGAUCGCCGAGAUCGCUUCGCCUCAUGCAAAGGACCUUGCCGUCUUCUGGGGUCACGGUACCGACGAUCAGGUCGUCAAGUUCUCUUUCGGCAUGAAGUCCAUCGAGCUACUGCAAUCGGUACCUCAGAUCAACCUGCCUCUGUUGCCUGCUGGCCAGAGCUACGGAAAGCCGGGAUUGACGUUCAGGAAGUACGAUGGGAUGCCGCAUUCCCUCGCUGCCGAGGAAAUCGACGACCUCACCGCCUGGUUGCAAGGAAUCACUUUUGACGUCUGGACCGCCUCUCACCGAAAAGGUCUGGCCAACGGAGAGUCCUCGGGGACCGGAUCGACCAUGGGUCACCAGACUUUUCCGAGUGCCAAUCAAGUAAUGUCUUAUCACUCUCCCCGAGCUCGUCUCUCACGUAUGACCCGUGAAGACUGA